CCCAGAUGGCUGCAACAGCCAGGUCCGGGCCAGGCCAAAGCCAGGAGCCAGGAAUUCCAUCUCGGUCUCCCACAUGGGCCAUCCUCUGCCGCCUUCCCAGGCAGGUGAGCACAGAGCUGGAUGGGAAGAGGAGUAGACAGGACUCCGAUCCGGGCUCCUGGCAUCAGAGCAGCGGCUUAACCCGCGGUGCCACAACAGCCGCCCCGCCCCUGUUCCCUCAUCCACGAAGCAGGAAGAGUAAUUCCACGCCCAGUUUUUUUUGGGUGAGGAUUAAAGACAACAAACGCUAACCACAGCCCUUGGCCUGCAGUCAGCUGUCUCCAGGACUCUCCCUGACCCUCCUCCCCUACCUUUGCAAGCUUCCGCCACCACCCCCUCCCCCUCGGAGAGGGGAAUCAAGUGUGCAGGCUUCCCGGAGCAGCUUAGUUUCAGGUAUCACUUAAGUCCGACGGUUUUUCCGUAAUCAGAACCUCGGUGCGGGCGGAUGGAGCUGGCAUAAGCCUGCCUAAGGGGCCUGGCUCACAACAGCCGCAACAUGGAGCAGGGCGCUGGACGCAAGCCGCUGCUGCCGCUGCUGCUGCUGCUGCUGCUACUGCUGGCGCGGACGCCCUGCAGAUGCUCAUGGGCAGACGGGCUGAGCGACUACACAACGGUCAUCCAAGUGACCAACGGCGGCCCCUGGGGCGACUGGGCCUGGCCUGAGAUGUGUCCUGAAGGGUACUUCAGCAGCGGCUUCUCGCUUAAGGUGGAGCCCUCUCAGGGCCUUCCCGGCGACGACACGGCUCUGAACGGGGUCCGGCUGCACUGCACGCGGGGGAACGCCGAGCGCAACACGCAUGUGGUGGAGUCCCAGUCUGGAAGGUGGGGCGCAUGGAGCGAGCCGCUGUGGUGUCCUGGCGGCGGCUUCCUAGUGGCUUUCUCGCUUCGCGUGGAGCCAUCCACCACUCUCGGGGACAACACGGCAGCGAACAACGUGCGCUUCCGCUGCUCAGACGGCACCGAGUUGGAGGGCCCUGGCCAGACCUGGGGGGUCUUUGGAGACUGGAGCGGCUCCUGCCCCAAAGGCGUGUGCGGCUUGCAGACCAAGGUCGAGCGGCCGCGCGGCCUGCGCGACGACACCGCGCUGAACGACCUGCGCCUCUUCUGCUGCCGCAACUGACCACCAGCGCCCCCUCCCGGGCCCGGAGGGUACUCCCGCCUGCCGCUAUUAAAUCCUCUGUCUGGGCUCCGGUCUGGUUUGUCGUGAGGAAGGGAGGGAAGCAUGUGCCCCGCCCCCCAAACCUAGCACGAGGCCAGGCCUGCUCUGGGGUUUGGUCUCGCGGGUGCAUGGCUGGCUGCUGAACGUUCCAGAUCCAAUGUCUGGGAAACCGUGUUUAAACAUGCAAUAUUUAAAAAGUGAAGCAGGAA